AUGUCAACCCUCGAUCAGCUGCGCCAGUGUACGACAAUUGUCGGUGACACCGGUGACUUCAAUCUACUCAAGAACUUUACUCCGCAGGAUGGGACUACAAACCCCUCGCACAUUCUCAGUGCGGCCAAGCAACCUCAGUACGCAGAAAUCAUCGCGCAGGCUAUUCAGCAUGCAACAACCAAAGGACAAGGUUUCGAGCUGCAACUUCGGCAUGCAUUUCUCCGCGUGUUGGUUGGCUUUGGCGCAGAAAUCUUGAAACACGUUCCUGGUAGAGUUUCUAGCGAGGUUGAUCCUAUCUAUUCCUUCGAUGCUGAAAGUACAAUCGAAUCCGGCCGGGAGAUUAUUGGGCUCUAUAAAGAGCUCGGUGUUUCUCCCGACCGUGUUCUGAUCAAGGUUGCAUCUACCUGGGAAGGCUUCCAAGCAUGCAAGGUCCUUGAAAAGGAGGGAAUACACUGUAACAUGACUAUUCUGUUCUCUAUGGUUCAAGCUAAGCUGGCCGCGGAAGUAGGCGCCACUCUCAUUUCUCCCUUCGUUGGGCGUUCAAUGGAUUGGUACCACAAAAACCAUCCUGGUGGAGACUACAGUGGAGCGAAAGAUCCAGGUGUGAAACUGGUCCGGGAAAUUUCGAGAUUUUACAAAUCUCAUAACAUCAAGACGGAGAUCAUGGCAGCCUCUCUGCGCAGUAUCGAUGAAUGCUUGCACCUUGCGGGUGUGGAUUUGAUGACGAUCAACGUCAAAUUGCUGCAGGAGUUGAAAGACACUAACUAUCCGGUCAGACGAUAUCUUCCGUCGGAAAACAGCCCGAACGGUAGAGGGGUAUCCGUCGAAUAUGCAUCAGAUAAGACAAAGUUUGACUUUGACUUUUUCAAUGAUCAUAUGGCAUUUGACAAAGUUGUUGAAAGCUUGCGGAUUUUCCUGAAGGAUGGAGAAGAGCUGAAAGCUUUACUACGAACAGCACUCAAUGCCAAGGCAUCUUAA